ACCUGGAUAUCUGGUUCCGGUUUCCCAAACGCAUCUUAAGGCAUCCAAUGGUUCAAACGAAGAAUUUAACCAUAAGAUGGUUUUUAGAAACCGUUCCCUGAUUAACACUAGAGAGAGACGUGACUAUCGUGGAUCCUCUGGGGAGCCUCAACAACCUCAUGAUGCUGAGGAGACAGAGAAGAGUCUCUCCAGAUCAGAACACCUCAAUAAACACCCACAGAGACCCACAGGGAAGAGAACUCACUGCUGCUCUGACUGUGGGAAGAGAUUCACAUCAUCAGGCAUUAAAAUUCAUCAGAGAACACACACAGGAGAGAAAUCUUAUAGCUGUGAUCAAUGUGGGAAGAGAUUUGCUACAUCUGGCCACCUGACUCUACACCAGAGAACACACACAGGAGAGAAACCUUAUAGCUGUGAUCAAUGUGGGAAGAGAUUUACUAAAUCUGGAGAUCUGACAGUGCACAAGAGAAUACACACAGGAGAGAAACCUUAUAGCUGUGAUCAAUGUGGGAAGAGAUUUGCUACAUCUAGCAGCCUGACUCUACACCAGAGAACACACACAGGAGAGAAACCUUAUAGCUGUGAUCAAUGUGGGAAGAGUUUUACUUCAUCUGGCAGUCUGACUCUACACCAGAGAACACACACAGGAGAGAAACCUUAUAGCUGUGAUCAAUGUGGGAGGAGUUUUAGUCAAUCUGGAGAUCUGACACUACACCAGAGAACACACACAGGAGAGAAACCUUAUAGCUGUGAUCAAUGUGGGAAGAGUUUUACUUCAUCUGCCAGUCUGACUCUACACCAGAGAACACACACAGGAGAGAAACCUUAUAGCUGUGAUCAAUGUGAGAAGAGUUUUCCUACAUCUAGCCAGCUGACUUCACACCAGAGAACACACACAGGAGAGAAGCCUUAUAGCUGUGAUCAAUGUGGGAAGAGUUUUACUGGAUCUAGCCAGCUGACUUCACACCAGAGAACACACACAGGAGAGAAACCUUAUAGCUGUGAUCAAUGUGGGAAGAGUUUUCCUACAUCUAGCCAGCUGACUUCACACCAGAGAACACACACAGGAGAGAAACCUUAUAGCUGUGAUCAAUGUGGGAGGAGUUUUACUACAUCUAGCAGUCUGACUUCACACCAGAGAACACACACAGGAGAGAAGCCUUAUAGCUGUGAUCAAUGUGGGAGUAGUUUUACUACAUCUAGCAGUCUGACUUCACACCAGAGAACACACACAGGAGAGAAGCCUUAUAGCUGUGAUCAAUGUGGGAGUAGUUUUACUACAUCUAGCGGUCUGACUUCACACCAGAGAACACACACAGGAGAGAAGCCUUAUAGCUGUGAUCAAUGUGGGAGUAGUUUUACUACAUCUAGCCAGUCUGACUUCACACCAGAGAACACACACAGGAGAGAAGCCUUAUAGCUGUGAUCAAUGUGGGAGUAGUUUUACUACAUCUAGCCAGCUGACUUCACACCAGAGAACACACACAGGAGAGAAACCUUUUAGCUGUGAUCAA